AUGCAGUCAAAUUCGAUCUAUCAAUGCCCAAUUUGUCCAAGACACUACAAACGCCGCGAACACCUGAAACGCCAUCGUAGUUCUCAUACUUCCGAACGCCCCCACCGAUGUCCGCAGUGCGACGCACGGUUUCAGCGCGCAGAUGUGCUGAGACGGCAUCUGCAGACUUGCUUGGAAAGGAGGGGGUCCCGGGGGGUGACGACUCGUCGGAGGGCUUGUGAUCGCUGCGUGCGACAGAAAAAAGCAUGUGAUUUGCAGCAGCCGUGUGAUCGCUGUGCGCAACAGACGGUUGAGUGUUGUUAUUCUAUUGGAGUUGAUGUUACGGCUUCAGAGGAGAGGAUCACGCCCGCGAGUCUGGGAAAUGCAGAGCUAGCACCAGCACCACCAGCACCAGAAACGACGCUGGCGAUGACGUUUCGCUGGCCGGACUUUGAUGCAGACAAUCCGGUGGUGAAUUCGGGCGAAUAUGAUGCUAUGGCCCUCAGUGAUCCGAAUAUGCUGGACAACGCUAGCCCUAGUUGGCAGGAUUUGAUUGCGAUGGUAUCGGAGGGUCCGCCGGGGCCCGAUAACACCUCGUUUCAGUUCCUCGACAAGAUGACCAGCAACACGGGGUUGGCGUACAGCUUUGACUGCGGGACACCAGAGCAACGAGCACAGGUGCUGUCCACCCUAGAAAGAGAAGUGGAAAUCGAAUAUGGAGCAUCGUCAUCAUCCGAGACGUUGGUCACGUCGGAAUCACCGUUGGUCGAUGGAUUAUCGCUGAAUUGGCUUAAUGACCCCCUCUCGCUCAAGACUCAUCAGAUCCUGCACUUCAUCAAAGACGUGGUCAUGGUGAAGCCCCGGAAUAGUUCCGUGACGCUGGAUUGGUCAUCGUCGCUGCAGCAGUCGUGUCUGCAAUUCUUUUCGCCGGCAAAUCUGCGCAAGUAUCUAGGGCUAUACUGGGCGAUCUGGCAUCCCAAUGUCAACUUCAUCCAUCGACCUAGUUUUGAUUCUACCUCAGCUAAGCCAACCGUGCUGGCGGCUAUGACCUUACUUGGUGCAUGCAUGUCACCCGAAACGUCCGACAACGAGGACGCCCGGAUGUGGUUCAACUGCGUUGAAGAGCUGGUCUUCACAGACGAGGACUUCAAUAGCGAUUUUACUUCUGCGGCAUCUUGUCCUACCCUACAUCGGAAUAUCGUUCAGGCACUGCAGGCAGCUUAUAUGGUGUGCUUAUACCAGAACUGGGAGGGUAGCGAUGCGAGUAAGCGGCGGAUUCGACGUUGUCGCUUUGCCAGCCUUGUUUCUACCGCUCGAGACGUCGACUUAACGACCGUCAAACACGCGAAAUACAGCGAACAGACUCGGUACCAAUUCGAAUGGAAAGAUUUUGCCACUCGAGAAGAGCUAAUUCGUGUCUUAAUCUGGAUCUUCCUUCUCGAUACAGCAUUCGUUCUCUUCAACAAUCUCCCUCCCCGCAUGGUUAUUAAAGAAAUGAAAAUCCACAUGGCCGUGCCCGAUGCAUGCUUUCAAGCAUCGACCGCCGACGACUGCUAUGAACAGAUAAAACGACUCCUCCCUGCGAACAGCCAGUACUGGAAUAUAUCCUUUUGCAACGCGUUCAGGAGUCUCUUCCAGGAAAAUCUAGCAAUGAAUCUCCGCUACGACAUAGCCGCCCUGGGCCCAUUGAACCUUUUCGCCUUAACCUCUGCCAUCCACUCACAAAUCUUCCAAUAUCGCAGCAACUCAUGGGGCACCGUCCGACUCCUCGCCCCAAUUCGCAAUGCGUUGGACAAUUGGCGCGCAAUCUGGGAACUCUCAGUGACAUCCCUACCCCCCAAACUCUCCCCACACGUCGACCGCGCCGACGACGACGGCUACUACAACACCCAGAUAAUCAUGCACCAACCCGAACGAAUGUGGCGACGAGUUGGCUUCUGCAGAUACUGUCCGGAGUACUGGUUACUGGCGAAUUUGAUGGUCAGUCAGCUCACAGAAUUGUGUAUGUCGGGGUCGCAGCCGAGGAAUGAGUUGGAGAGGUUGGAUGAUGAGCCGCUGGAUUCGAUAUUGAAGAAGUAUGAUGAGACGAGUAUGCAGCAGGCAAAUGAUAUGAUUUUGAGUUUUCAGCGGUGGCAGGUUUUUAGUUGUUAG